GGAAAAUACCCGCCAACGACCCAAAAAAGGCUGGCAGUGGGUGGACGCGGCGCGUGGGGACACAGAGCGGCGGUGGGGACAGGACAGCGAGCUGAGCCAGACAAAAAGUAAACUUCCUGAAGAGGACAUGUGAUUGGAAGUUGUCAUUCGUUGAAGUGUUGGCAACUCCAGGUCUCUAAAGUUUUAGAAAAACACAACGAACGGUUCUCUACCCUGUUAAGGUGAACCACUGAGUUCUUCAUUAUGUCUGAUGGAGAUUAUGAUUACCUCAUCAAGUUUUUAGCUUUGGGGGACUCUGGAGUAGGGAAGACCAGUGUACUUUACCAGUACACAGAUGGUAAAUUUAAUUCCAAGUUUAUCACGACAGUGGGCAUUGAUUUCAGGGAAAAGAGAGUGGUGUACAGAGCCAACGGGCCAGAUGGGGCCAUUGGCAGAGGCCAGAGAAUCCACCUGCAGUUAUGGGACACAGCAGGGCAAGAGAGGUUUCGUAGCUUGACAACAGCGUUCUUCAGAGAUGCGAUGGGUUUUCUUCUACUUUUUGAUUUGACAAAUGAGCAAAGUUUCCUCAAUGUCAGGAACUGGAUAAGCCAGCUACAAAUGCAUGCAUAUUGUGAAAACCCAGAUAUAGUGUUAUGUGGAAAUAAGAGUGAUCUGGAAGACCAGAGAGUAGUAAAAGAGGAGGAAGCCAGAGGACUUGCAGAGAAAUAUGGGUGA